AUGAAUCAACAAGGUCUGUUUGGAUUCUGGCUCUGUCUGCUGUCCAUGUGUGUCCUGGUCUACCACGGUUGGGCCCAGGUCCCUGAACCAGCACAGUGCCUCCUAUCUGGGACCUACAACCUGACCCAGCAGCCGGUGGAGGGAGAGGAUGAGGGGAAGUGUUGGAGGGAUUGCUACACAGAUCCUGACUGCCACAUGGCAGUGAUAGUCAUCACCAUGCUGUCUCCUCUCAGAGACAGGAAGCAGUGCCUGCUGGUCAACUGUCUGAACCAGGGCAGACACUCGUACACCCGAGAUCCCAGCACACAGAUCAGGGUCUACCCAAAGACCACCAUUGACAACGACCAAAGGUACUAUUACAUGACAGAUGCAUAUGGACGAGCUGAUGAGACGCUUCAUUGUUCAGAGUUGAUGAGUUGCAGCAGCUGCCAGUCGGGGACUCACAGAUUCUUCUACAACAGAACCAGUUACAGGUGUGAGAGCUUCCCCAGCGGCUGUGGGUCCAGCAGAAACUCGUUUGAAACCCAGGAGGGCUGUGAAGCCCUCUGCAAUGAAAAGUUUCGUUGUUAUCGGCCCGUGCAGUACGGAGCAGGCAGCUCAAACAUGUCCAUGUUCUUCUUUAACGAGCUGAGUUAUAGCUGUGAGAGGUUUAACUUCAGAGGCCACGGCUCCAACGGGAACAUCUUCCACUCUGAGGAGGAGUGUGAGAAGCUCUGUGGUGACAUUAAAGCUCCUACGACGCCUCCACCUGCUGUGACUACAGACACUACAGUUUCUGUUACAACAAGAAAACCAGGUAAUUAUAUUUACUGA